UUUACAGUUGGAAAGUGGCGGGGACCUUGAAAGGUGCCAGUGUUCUGAGGCAGUGGAGGAGAGAGGGUGGUUGCGCAGUGUGUGCAUCAGUCAGUUGUUGAUAAGAGGAGCUGCUACGCUUCGUCCUUUCCAUCCCCUUCACAGCUUGUGCAACAAUAGUGACAACGACUGUGCGCAAACCACGAUGCCAAGACUUCCUAUUUAUACCGUCGAUGCCUUCUCUGCCCAGCCCUUCUUAGGCAACCCCGCCGCCGUUGUUCCUCUCAUGCAGGAACUGGAGGCAGAUACCAUGCAGUUGGUUGCGUCGGAGAUGAACCUCUCAGAGACGUCUUUUGUACAACCUCUGGAGAUUCAUGGAGACAACCCUUGGAUAUCCUGUAGCCAAUAUUCUCUAAGAUGGUUCACACCCAAGAAGGAAAUCCCUCUGUGCGGCCACGCCACCCUUGCUACGGCUCACAUCAUUUAUAACCAUCUGGGACACGCUGGUGAUCGACUGGAUUUUGACACUUUAAGCGGGACUCUUUCUGUCCGAAGGGACGGCCAGCAACUGGUCAUGGAUUUUCCCAGAAACGAGGCCACGACUUUAGCAAAAGAAGAGGACCAGUGUCUAGCGCCGUUGGUAGCUGCUUCAUGUGGGGGACUGAAAGCGAAAGAGGUGCUGUUGUGUCGAACUCUCAAGUACCUCUUGAUUCGUCUCCAAGACUCGUACUCCAGGAAAGAGCUGGAGACCCUCGAGCCAGACUUCUCAGCAAUGAAACAAGCCCACGAUGGGGCGUUGGUGAUGGGCGUGAUAGUGACUGUGCCGGGGAACGGGAACUCUUCCUAUGACGCCUUUUCCAGAUUUUUUGCGCCACUGUAUGGCGUGAACGAGGAUCCAGUGACAGUGUCCGCAGGGUCUGCUCACACCGUGCUGGGGCCUUACUGGGCUGAACACCUGGGCAAGGACGAUCUCACAAUGUUGCAAUGUGGGCGGCGUGGCGGUGCAGUCCAUGUGAAGGUGCGUGGAGAUUCUAGGGUAGACCUGGGCGGGCCGGCCGUAACAGUUCUGGAAGGCCACUUGUCCAUCUGAGUAGCCGCUCAACAUGACACCAAUAAAUCACGAAAACAUUA